AUGGUCGACGACGUGUUUCGAUUGAAACGGAGUAUGCUCUACGCAACGUUCUACGCAAAAUAUCAAGACGCCGAAGAGAUGAGAUUCUGGUCAACGACUCCAGGACCUAUUGCUGCUGAAAACCCGUUUAAUCUGGAUAACAUUGGAAAUGGUUACGAUGUCUGGUCACGUGGCGAGACCCAACUUCUCGUUCUGGCUGUAAUUCUUGUCAUCCUCACCCUCAUCUUUGCUGCCAUCGUUGCUUUAGACUGUGGCAGAAAUGGACCACCGGUUAUGAGAAGAGGAACUCUUCGAGAUAUUGUAUGGCAUGGACGAAGCCGUGCUGCACAGAGAGUUCAUACAGGAAGAUCGUCACGGAGCAAUAAUAGCGAUGUAGAGCUCAAAGCCCCUCCACUCAGCUAUUUGGCCCCACCACCAUACGUCGAUCGCCGUCAAGAAUCUUCUCUUCCUGUUUAA